AUGGACGUUCCCAUACAGCGCAUCCUUGACAGUAAGGACGACUCAGGGAGCGAGGCCUCCGAUUCUGGCGUGAGUGUGACCACGUUCUUUUACCAAGGUCGUGGCGUCGACAAAGGAAAAACUCGCCAGCGAGGUGAUUCCAAGUCAAGGACCAACGAUGAUGGCUCGGAUGAUCUCGUGCUGCCAAACACGGGACCUCGUAAAGAUACCAAACCGAGACCGGAAGACUUCUUAGAUAUUGAAACUAACAGCGGGACCCAAUCCAACGCUGGGACAAAACGCGUGACCACCAACUCUGUCUCGCGUUUUGCCGGUUUGUUGCAACGUACAGGAAGGCAUCGCAAUUUGAGAAGCAAUUCCGACAACUCGGAACACAACGCUCAACAUACACGUGGCUAUUUUAACAGAGCAAGAAAUCUCUUCCGGGGAAUCUGGGCCCAUGCGGAAGCAGUGCGAGGUAACGACGACGUUAGGCGGCGGGAGGAUUUGGUAACACCAGGUUUGCGUGCGUCCCCCCAUACCUCGCGAGUCUCCGAAUACAUCGCCCCAGCAAAAUCCAAACUGUUUAUCGCGAUUGCGGGUCCAUCGACCAGCGAAAGAAACAGCCCUAGAAGAGAUUGUAGUCACACCACCCAGGUAGACGACAACGUCUCUGGGGCAGGUUCUGGUUCGAUCCGGUCAGAAACAUCUGACAAUCCGAUCGUCAACGCGCUUUGCUUCUGCAUCUGGCCGUGCUUUGACGCAUGCAUUGAGCGUAACCAUGCAGCUGGUCCCGCAGAGGUGGUUCCUGAACCCGCCCAGACGAGCGUCGCCCCUCUCCCGGGAGCGGCGGGGUCGUCUCCAGCUGACAUGCAAGGAGCCGCUUCCUCGUCUCAUCAAGCGGCGGGUGCAGCUGAGAUACCGACCGAUUCAGCGUCCACACCUCGGCACACAUAUCCACCUUCAAGUCGCAUGCCAACAGCGGUGGAGCUCUCGACUCGCGCUCGAUUUCCGGGAACGUCUUCUGCUCGCGUGGAUACAGCCGAGGGACUAUGCCCUCGCAGCCAGGCGACGGGGUCGCCUUCCGCGUAA